AUGGCCCUGGGGCUCAGUGCUUCUCCACCAGUCGUGGUUCUGCUCCUGUCCCUGCUGGGUCUGGCUGCUGCUGGGAAGCUCCUGGUGGUGCCGGUGGACGGGAGCCACUGGCUCAGCAUGCGGGAAAUGUUGGACAUGCUCCAGCAGAAGGGACACGAGGUGGUUGUGGUGGCACCUGAAGUGACUUUGCACAUCAAGCCAUCAAAGAACUUUGUGAUGAAAAUGUAUCCAGUGCCUUUCACUCAGGAAGAAAUGGAUGGGGUUCCCCUAGGAUUAAUAGAGGAUGUAUUUGAAGAAGGGACUUUUUUGGAAAGAGUUAUGAGACUUUAUCAACGUGCAAAAAAGAACUCUGUUCUCUUCCUGGCCACCUGCACACACUUAAUCUACAACAAGGAGCUCAUCAGGUACCUUGAGGAGAGCAAAUUUGAUGCUGUCCUUACAGAUCCUUUUCUCCCCUGUGGGCAGAUAGUGGCGGAGCAUCUCUCCCUACCCUCCGUGUACUUCCUACAGCAAAUGCCAUGUGGUUUGGAAUAUCAAGCCACCCAGUGCCCCAAUCCCCCUUCUUAUGUCCCCAGAGCAUUUACAGAUCUUACAGACCGCAUGACCUUUCUCCAGCGGGUCAAGAACAUGAUCUAUGAAAUCCCAAAUUUUUUCCUCUGUGAUAUUGUCUACCAACCUUAUGCAAAACUGGCUUCAGAAUUCCUGCAGCGGGAGGUGACCGUGCCGGAUCUCCUGCGCCAGGCUUCCAUUUGGCUCGUGAAACUGGACUUUGUCUUGCACUUCCCAAAACCCUUGAUGCCCAACAUGGUUUUGAUUAGUGGAGUAAAUUGUGCCCACAAGAAGCUAAAUCAGGCCAGCUUUGGAUUGCAGUGGGUUCCUCAGAGACUCUUCAAAGCCUCAAGGCUGUUGCUGUGA